AUGACCGCAAACCCCUCUACGGUCGUGGAUAUCAACCUCCUAUCAGAAUUUCUCAGCGACAAUCAAGUGCCUGAUCUCUCCACCACAUCCCCUGUCGACUGCAUUGUCAUAUGCGCCUCAGCCGUUCUCCACAGUGCCGAGGUCCUCUUCAAGACUCUUCAGCAAAGACCAUCUCUUACCAAUGCUCUCGUACUAUGCGGCGGCAUCGGGCACUCAACCGAGCUCCUUUAUGAUGCAGUGAAAUCUCAUCCAAUCUUUUCGCGGAUCACUGAUGAAAUUCAAGGUCUUCCUGAAGCCAAAGUUCUCGAACGAAUUUUAGAUGAGUAUUUCGAUCGAUCUCUCAUCACCAGAGAAGGAUGUCAGAUUCUCCUUGAACCACAAUCUACAAAUUGCGGACAGAAUGCUUCAUUCUCUCGCAAGGUCCUCGAUGAAGCGGGGUUUCAGGCACCAGCCACUUGCAUUAUCAUUCAAGAUCCCACAAUGAUGCUCAGGACCAAGGCAUCGUUUGAGAAGGCUUAUGAGUGUGCUCAAUCUCCGGUCUCGGUUAUUAGUUGCCCGGUAUUUGUGCCACAGGUACAAUUAUCCCGUAACGGAGUCAUUGAGUAUUCAGACACAUCUCCACCGUCAGAAUUGUGGUCACAAAGUCGGUUUUUGGAGCUAAUCAUGGGGGAGAUACCGAGGUUGAGGGAUGAUAAAGAUGGUUAUGGUCCUCAGGGGCGUGGUUUCAUUGCUCAUGUGGACGUUCCAAGCCACAUUGAGGCAGCUUGGUCUCGACUACAAGUGGUGACUAAGAGCUCUAGAUAA